AUGAGAAUUACAAAUGAAGAUUUAGAACAUGCUUAUAAACAAUCAUCUGAUUUUCUAGCUGAAUUUCAAUCAGAUAGUACAUGUUUCGAUGCAGAAGAUGAUGAUGAUGAUGAUAAAGAAGAAUUAGUAGUAGUUGAAAAGAUACCAUUAAAAUCUCAUACCGAAAUCGAUGUUAAUAACAAUAAUGCUAAAUGUAUUUCAAAUCUGAGCAGUAAUAAAACUACAACUCAACCUCAACUUGUUGAUCGCUGGGGUUCCGAACUGCGAGCACGUAGAUUAGAAUGUAAACAACGGAUUGAGACAAUUGAAGCUACUAUACGUCAAAAGAAUGUUCUUUUAUCUAGUUUAGAAGCUGCAGCUGAACAAGGAGAUGAAUCUUAUUGUUUAUUAUUAAAAAAAUACGAAUCUCAAAUUCGUGAACUGGAAUCAAAAGUUAUUGAUUUAGAGCGAGAAAAAUCCAAGCUGUUGGCAGAACACAGUAAUGAAGAAUUAAAAGAUUUCAAAACGCAACGAGAAGCACGUCUUAAGACUAUGGAACAAGAAUUAAAUCAGACGCGUCGUCAACUAACUGAAUUAUCACGUUUAAAGAAAGCCAAAGAGGCUAGAGAAGCAGAAUGUUUAAGAUUAAGAAACGAAAUACAGUCGUUGAAAACAUCAAUGAUUCGAUCAGCUAAACAAUUGAAAGAAGAAAGCACUGCUUAUCGAAAAUGGCGUAAAGAAAAAGAGACUGAGGUGAAAAAACUUCAAGAACAUGAUCGCCGGCUUCAAUGUGAGAUGUCUCGUAUGGUUUCGGUGCACGAACGGCAACAAGCUGUACUAAAGCGCCGUAUUGAAGCUGCUGCGGCUGCUGAACGUCGACUUAAAGAAUUGCUAUUACGUCAAAAAGAUACUAGAAAUGAACGUGAUAAACGUGUAUCUGAAGGGAACAAUGCUAAAAAUAGAUUCGAUUUGGCUACACGAGUUCGCGCUUGGGUCAAAACAGAUUUAGAUAUCCAAAUCAGUAUGGAUGCUGUUAGAUAUCAUUUGAGUCAUUUUAUGGAUUCACGUAAAACACUUUGUGAUCGAUUACGCACGAUCGAAGCGAAAAUGGAAAGUUGCCGACAAGAUGGUGAACCUUAUGAUAUGUAUAUUGAAGAAGCGAACAGUCUUACUGAAUCAAUCCAAUGUCAAACACAACAGAUUAGUGAUUUGCAACAAAAACUUAUGGAUGCCGGUGAAAGAUCGUCGACAGAUGCAUCCGGUCCACCUGAUUCUACUGGUCAAAUGCUCUCGUCUCGUUUAUCCCAAUUACAUAACAUCCAAGAAGCACGAAUAGCUUUGAAAUAUCUAUUCAGACAAGCAUCGUCAUCUGAAGUUUCUAAAAUUAAUUUAGAAACUCAAAUAUACGAAUUGGAAUCUCAAUUAAAUACAGAGAAACAAAAAGUCGAAAAUUUACUUCAAACUACAGAGCAUUAUUCUGUAGAAUUACUGAAAUCUGAGGAGAAUAUGAAAGAUAUUCAAUCUCGUCUUCAAGCUUCUAAUGAACACAUUGAGCAGUUAAAAAAAGAAAAUGCUGAGUUACGAGAAGCUUCGAAAAUUCAACAUGAUAAUUUAAUGAAGAUAAGAUCAUUGAUGGCAAAUAGUCCAUCUACUACUGGACUGACUGUUGACAAUAAAUUAUCAAACACCCCAGUACUUCGUCAAUAUAACAGUAAUAAUAAUUGUACAUUUACUUUGUUGAGUGAUGAUGAGAAUGAGAAUGUAUAUCCGCAAACAAAUAUUCUUACCGAUAAAUCCCUGAACUUCAGUGAUGAUGUAAACACUAAUGAUGGAGACGAACCAGGAGUGAAAUUUAAAAAAGUUGAAAGUGAAUGGAGUUUACCAUUUACGGUAGUCACUGAUAUUAAUUCAAACACUGAUGCAGAUUCACAUCAACCUCGAUGUAAAUGCCGAGGAACAUGUCAAGCACGAUGUAGUUGUAAACGUUCCAGUCGUCCGUGUGUUCCAUCACAUUGUCACUGUGUACUAGGUCUAUGUAAAAAUCGUUUAGAUUCAUCAUCGGAAAACAGUAAAAUACUCAGUUCAGUUGAAAAUUCUACAACUGUUAUGGGACCACCAUCUGGAUUUCCUGUUAUAUUACGUCCUAAACGUAAAACUCGUGCAUUACAAUUAAAUUUCAAUGAAGAACAACAAAAUAAACAUAUGACUCAGACAUUGAUGAAUGAAACGUACGAUUUAAACAAAACAGAAACUCAUACAUCCAUAUCAGAAAAUAAUGAUAAUGAUGAUUUACAAUCUCCAACUAGCAAUUCACAACUAUGUGAUGGUGGGUCACUUCGUUAUUUAUGGCCUAAAAAUCGAUUAUCUUAUUUUCCCAGUCCACUAUUACGUUCAGACAAAUAAACAUUUUUUACCGGCCAAACAUCUCCCAGAAUUGUACUUCACCAUCCUGUCUACGUUGGUUUCCUUUCUUAGUUUAAAACAUUUGUACGUGGUUUCUGUGUAUGUAUGCUAUUAUUUUAUCUAUUAUCACUUCUAUGCAGUUUAUGUAUAUAUUUGUUGCUUACGAUAUGACAAAUGGGAUUGUAACAAUUCGUGUUUUGUGCUUUGCUUCUUUAUUUUUCACAAUUGUAGUCCAUUUCAUUAUGAAUAUUUUAGCUCCAAUAUCCUGAUUUGUCGUUCAUAAAAUAAUAAAUACACUAGACAAUCGUUGUGAAACCGUUCCUGGUUUUCCCUUGUAA